CUGACAUCAGAAUAUAUUUGCAUAGUAAUUUCCCAAUUAUUGAAGGCCAUUUAAAUUAAGUUGUAAAUAGUUUCGUAUACGUAUACCAAAUCGACAUUCAUAAAUGAAAGGAAAUUAAAUUUGACCAAACAGCUAUUGAGAAGGACGAACUUGUAGGCAAACUGAGAAAGGGAAGACUGUCAUGCAGCAAUGUACACAAGACAAAGAACAAGGAAAAGAUAUUUGCAGUUUGGUAGAACUGUUGUCAGUAUAGUUAAAGGAAACAUUGAAGAGCAGGAGACCGAUGUAAUCGUGAACACAACAAACGCUGAGUUAGAUCUUGAAAAUGCCGGUCAAUGCUCCAAAGCAAUAUCCAAAGCUGGUGGAAGCAGUAUUCAAGAAGAUUGUAAAAAGAGGUAUCCACGUCCUCUGACUGUGGGUGAAGUGGCUGUCACAACUUCUGGAACUCUAAAAAGCUCAAAAGUUUUUCAUAUUUAUCUCCCUAAUGGGAAAGAGCAACGUAAUCAACAGAAUGUGGAAAAAACUGUGAAUGCAUGUCUUGAGCAAAUGGAGCUGCUUAGCUUAAAAUCGAUUGCCUUUCCGGCACUGGGUACGGGUGGUCUGAAUUACUGUCCAUGCAUAGUAAUAAACGCCUUAUUCGACGCAGUCAAGGAUUACAAUAACAGACCUUUUACAACUGUUAUUGAAAACGUUGCAUGCGUUAUAUUUCAAGAGCAGAUGUUUCAAACAGUUGUGUCUGAAGCAAGGAAAAGAUCAAGAUGUUUAGCAGGAAGCCCAAAGAUUCAAGUAUCAGGUGGAACAAAGUACUUAAAUACAAACAUACAAAUACUAGUUGGUGAUAUAAUACUUCAAGAGGCAGAUGUACUGGUAUAUUCCAGUCCGCACAAUAUGAAACUCAACACAGGAAAAGGACUGUCAACAGACAUACUGAAUGUCGCUGGAUCAGAUAUCCAAGAUGAACUCGAUCUUAUAUCUAACAAGGUCGUGGAAUGCGGAACUUUUGCUGUUACUAAUGGGUAUAACUUACGCUGCUCUAAAGUUUACCAUGGCUACCUUCCAUCAUUUUGUGGUCCAAAUUAUAGACCAGAAAAGCUAUUGAGUACAUUUGUAAGCAAAUGUUUGAUCGAAGCAAACACACAUAAAGCAAAAUGUGUUGUGUUCUCUGCACUUGGAAGUGGGAUGCUAAAGUAUCCAACAGACGUUGCAGCCUCAGCUGUAAUUACAGGUAUCCAGACAUUUGUUUCUUGUAAUCCGACAUCAAAUCAUAUUGAUAAUAUCAAAAUAGUUGUUUAUGGUGGAGACAGCAAUUAUUCAAGAAUCGAACAGGCUUACAGAAGUGAGCUUACUGCAACUAAAGGUACAUGUAUUUAUUUGAGAGAUACAACCAACCAGCCAAUACCAAGGAGAGGCACAAAAGUAUAUUUCUGUUUCAAAUACAACGAAGAACCAAGACCACCAACAAACUGGAGCUUCUUUAAAAGUUUCAGAACAAUAAAAGAUUGGUCUAAAGAACGCAGAGGAAGAGCUACAAUAAAGAAACAGGGUAUAGACAAAAACACGUUUGAAUCGAUAAAAAAUCUUUUUAUGAAUACUAUACAAAAUCCGAACGCUAAAAUUAAAUCUAUAACAAGAAACGAAAACUUGAAUCUUUACUUGAAAUAUUUUCAACGAUGCCAAGAACUGUUCAGAAAAGCAAUAGUAAACGGUCCCAGUAAACCACUUGCGACACCUGUUUUGACAAUUGCAAACCUGAACCGACAAAUGAGAGAUGUGCUUGAACAGGAUAUUAAUGAAGUCUACCUCUUUCACGGAACAAAGCAAGACAGAGUAAAAGUCCUAUUGCGCAAUGGAUUUGAUGAAAGAUUAGCGGCUAUGAACUUUCCUAAACUUAGACUUGGGAGUGGUACAUAUACUGCAGAAGACGCUUCUCUCUCGGCGCAUUAUACAGAAAAACAAGGAGUGCGUACAAUGUUCCUCGUGAGGGCUUGCUUAGGGGACGUCUUUAGAACCAACGAAAAUCUUAACGACUUGAAAAGGCCACCAUGUAAGAAGAUGUGUAAAACGAUAUGUACCCAACAUGAUGAAUUUUUCGAUUCAGUUCUUGGAGAAUUUUGUCCAAGAGAAUUUGUUGUCUAUGAAAAAGCACAAUGUUAUCCAGAGUACGUGAUCAAAUAUACACUAUAAAGCAUUUAGAGGGUUCAGUAAGAAAAAAACAUUUAUAUUUCUUGAAUUCGGAAUGUUAAUUAUACAGUGCUUUCCGAACUGUUACGAUGACUAAAUUAAAAUUUUGGUGUUUUAUCAUGCAAUCAUAAACUUUGUUUUGACUUUAAUGUUAAACGUCUGUUUGGAAUUAAACUAUUUGAUUAUAUGA